UUUAGUUAAACUGAAGUUACAAAUUUAAUGUAAACGUGAUGAAAUUGUGACAGGUACAAUACCGGAUGAGAUUGGUGAUCUUCCACAGUUAGAGAAUUUGCAACUGACGAUUAAUAAUCUCAAUGGCAUCAUCCCAUCCAAACUCUUCAAUAACUCCAUGAUAAGACACAUAUGGCUUUCUUUAAAUCAGCUUUCAGGUAGCCUCCCAGCAAACAUAGGUCUUUACGCUCCAAACCUAGAAUUCCUUGGUGUAGCCAAAAAUAACCUCGCGGCCGGACUACUCCCUAACCUCUCCAAUGCUUCCAAGCUCAGGGAACUAGACAUGAAUACAAACUCAUUUACCGGGGUUCUUCCUAGCACGCUAUGUUCCUUGAAAAACCUCAAGUAUCGUUCCUUGUACUCGAAUAAUUUGACGACUGAUGCUUCUACUCCACAAGCAUCAAGCACUCUCUCUUGCUUGUUUAAUCUUAGAGAUUUGACAAAAUUAUACUUGUCACACAAUCCACUAAACACCACAAUUCCAGCUUCUCGCGGGAAUCUUUCUAUGUCACUCCAAAGAGUUGAUUUAAGCAUGUCCAACAUCAGGGGUAACAUUCCCGUUGAUAUUGGCAACUUGAGUAGCUUGAUUGCAUUAGACGUGGAUAACAAUCAGUUGAGUGGAGCAAUUCCAACUUCAAUACAAGGGCUACAAAAUCUCCAAGCUUUGUAUUUGAAUGAUAACGAACUGCGAGGACAUAUCCCGUACGAAAUCUGUCAACUAAACAACCUAGCUGAGUUACGUUUGGGUGGUAAUCGGCUCUCUGGUUCUAUUCCUUCCUGCUUGGGUACUUUGGCAGUAGCUCUAAGAAGUCUAUCGUUAAGGUCCAAUUUGUUGACUUCUAAAAUACCAUCUUCCUUGUGGGAAGUCAAGUAUAUAUUGCACCUAAACUUGUCAUCCAACUCUCUAGUUGGACCACUCUCAGAAGAUAUCGGAAAGUUGAAAAAUGUGGUGGAUAUGGAUUUAUCAAAUAACCAUUUCUCCGGAAACAUUCCCGGUAACAUUGGGGGUCUUCAGAAUAUGAUUAAUUUUUCCUUGGCAAAAAAUUAUUUAGAAGGCCCUAUUCCCAGUUCAUUUAAAACCUUGCUAAGCCUAGAAUUCUUGGAUUUGUCCAAAAACAAUCUAUCUGGAGUGAUCCCUAAGUCAUUGGAAGCACUCUUGUAUCUCAAGCAUCUGAAUUUGUCUUUCAACAAACUCCAAGGAGAAAUUCCAACAGGCGGGCCUUUCGGAAACUUCUCUGCGGAUUCAUUUGUAUCAAACGGUGCACUUUGCGGUGCUUCCCGACUCCAUGUUCCACUGUGCAAAAAUAGAACAAAAGUUGAGCCAAAUUGGAGGAAAGCUAAAUAUAUCAUCUCAGGGGUCAUAUCAGUGAUACUCUUAGCAGCCACUGCAUUGAUUCUAAUACUAUGCAGGAAAAGGAAUGUUGAAGUUGUAACAGAAACUGCCUCGCUGCGUCAAGUACUUUGGAGAAGAGUUUCACGCCUAGAACUUGUAAGGGCGACAAAUGGAUUUCAUGAGAGUAACUUACUAGGCAAGGGGGGUUUUGGCUCAGUAUACAGAGGAACACUUUCAGAUGGGAUAGAUAUUGCCUUCAAGGUUUUCAAUUUACAGCUAGAAGGGGCAUUCAAGAGUUUUGAUAAGGAAUGUGAAGUGCUAAGCAAAAUUUGUCAUCGGAAUCUUAUUAAAAUCAUAAGUUGCUGCGAUGAACUUGAUUUCAAAGCCUUGAUACUUCAAUUGAUGCCUAAUGAAAGCCUCGAAAAGUGGUUGCAUUCUCCAAACCGCUUCAUGAAUAUCCUACAGAGGUUGGACAUAAUGAAAGAUGUUGCAUUCGCACUAGAAUAUCUUCAUCAUGGUUACUCGAUACCUGUUGUUCAUUGUGAUGUGAAACCAAGCAAUAUACUACUAGAUGAUGAUAUGGUUGCACAUGUUGCUGAUUUUGGCAUCGCAAGACUUAUCAGCGAAGGAGAUUCGAUGACGGAAACCAUGACCCUAGCCACAAUUGGAUAUAUGGCUCCAGAGUAUGGGAUGGAAGGAAUCGUUACGACAAGAGGGGAUGUGUAUAGUUUUGGUAUUGUACUCAUGGAGACAUUUACAAAAAGGAAGCCAACAAAUGAGAUGUUUGUUGGGGAAAUGAAUUUAAAGCAAUGGGUUGCACAUUCAUUAUAUCCAGAUGCUGCUAUGGAUGAAGUUGUAGAUGCCAAUAUACUUAGCAAGGAAGAAGAUGGUGAUUUCGUGAGCAGGAGGGAUUGCUUAUCAUCUGUUAUGAGAUUAGCUUUAGCUUGCUCUGCAACAUUGCCGGAAGAGAGGAUUAACAUGAAAGAUGCCGCAGUCACACUCAAUAAAAUCAGGACCAAGUAUUUGAAGGACUGGAGGACAGAAUUUGUAGUUCUUGUUGUUCUCUAUAUUUUCAAAUCCAUUUUCAUAUUGUUGUUUUCGAUCUGCAAAGACUACAUUAUUUUCUAG